AUGCAUCACCAUGGCUCAGAACUGGAGAAGACGGACAGUCGACCGUUUGAACGAAAAGGCACGACCAAAGAUGACACGGUCUUCGAGUUCCCGAAGCCCACGGAAUUGGCUGGCUCCAUUCCUCUCAGGACCAUCGUAUCCAACUACAUUUCCGCACCGAAUCAGCGCAUUGUACCUGCCCAACAACUGUACAUGAUCCUGGGCAGAUUACGAUGCCUCCUCCAUGCCAUUGAGCGCUAUAACGAAGGCGUCGUCACACGGCCGCCAAUGUUCUUGCAGUAUUGGCGGCCGCGAACGUUGGAACAGCUGUCUGGGUUUGGCUUCCAGGCCAGAGACGAUGGGCCGCUGUCGAUUGUCGGGUUGCGCGAGCUCAUUCAGGAGCUCGAGGCUCUCUACGACGACGAAAUAGGCAGUGCCCGUCGGUUCAUCGAGGGUGGGUUGAUAACCUUUGAGGGCCUAGGCGAGUUGUAUCAGCCUGGAACAACUUUCCAAACGACAACCGCUUUAGGCGGAGCGGCAGCGGCUCUUCUCGUUACCGACUAUUAUUACGAAGAACAUCGGGCCCUCCUCGGCAUGCAAAAGACUUUCCACGUUAGCAUGCAGUUCGUGGCAUCAAUGGGAGACCACUUCACGUUGGUCAGCUUCACGGAAGUCCUCAGCAGCUGGACCGGCGUUCGCGCUCGGCCUCUUUCCAGCCUUGCGUACUUACCCGUCGAUCCGGUCACACACCAGGAUCUCCAGAAUCGGGGAGAGAUGUACGCGCGGUACGGCGUUGGCGGUGCCAAGUUUCUGGCAUACGCGCCACACACGUUCUUCAUCCACAAGACAAGCUCAUUCGGUGGCCAGAGCAACAGCACACUUGCCAAGCCCCGCAGCAGCCAGUUGCCAUCAGGGGGCCGAAUCAUGAUAGACGUGGCUCGCGCCUCCAAUAUGGGCUACCAAGCAGCCACGGGCGCCGACGAACCGACUCUUGCCUUGUCCAAUGUCACUGGACUGCACAAGCGAUGGCAGAACCGCAAAACAACGAAGAGUGCACCAGUUCCAGACACUUUGAGUAUUUGGGACACCGUGCCGUCCGAAAUGGCUUUGUAUUGUUGGCCUGCGCUGGCUGGCUUCAGUUUCACCGCCAAAGCCUGGGGCCAGGUCCUCGUCGAGGGUCUCGAGACUGUCAUAUUCCGGGAUGAAGCGUUUGAGAAUCUCGUCCUCGCCGAGGAGCGGAAGCAGCUAAUUCGCGCAUUGGUUCGCUUCGGAGCCAGCUCAGGAGUGGACGAUCUCGUGGGUGGAAAGUCCGGGAGCAGCAUAUUUCUACUACAUGGACCUCCUGGAGUGGGAAAGACUCUGACAGCCGAGGCAAUUGCUGAACUCCUCCAUCUGCCCCUCUACAUUGUCACAAUGGGAGAACUCGGAGCGACAGCACAAAGCUUGGAACAUCGCCUUGGCGAAGUGUUGGAACUGUGUUCCGAAUGGAAUGCCCUCGUGCUGCUGGAUGAGGCAGACAUCUUUGUCGAGAAACGGACGAGCUCGGACCUGACCCGCAACGCCAUGGUCUGCGUCAUGUUGCGACUUUUGGAGUACCACCCUGGCAUCUUGUUCCUCACAACAAAUCGGGUGCGAGCGCUGGAUCCCGCUGUCGAGAGUCGAGUGACGGUUGCACUACGCUACGAACCGCUGUCCUUCAACGCACGCGUGCAGAUCUGGGAGACACUGUUGGGGCGCACUUCUUUACCCCGGGGCACUGACGUCGAUGUCGCGAAGCUGGGCGAGUAUGUGAUGAACGGAAGAGAGAUAAAGAACGUUGUGCGACUUUCGGUGGCGCUCGCAACGGAGCGUCUUUCGGAGGCUCUCACGCAACAGAUCUUGGAGGAGACAUUGCGGACGACAUUCUUGGGUCGACAGGAGAUGAUCGAGGCCUGCGUCGAUUAA